AAAGAAAAAAAAAAAGAAAAAUACGGAAAAAGUAGAUAGAAAGAGAAAAACGAGAAAAAGGUUAAAAGUGGGAAAAAAAGAAAAAAAGCAAAACAAAAAAAGGUGAUUAAUCAUUCCUACGAGGUAAGGUUGUUCUGGUUUUUUGCUGGGAUAUUGUUUUUUCCCGUUUCGGUUUAGUUUGGGACGAUAGAAAACGGAGGAAAGGUAGGGAUCUAGAUUUGGCUGCAGAGAUACUGAGAUGGCCUUGAACUAUCCGCAUAGGCCUGUGUUUCCACCUCAUAUUUCUGAAGAUAAUUUGUGGUCUCCUAUGAGGAUUGUGAACGGGUGUCUUGCUGAGGGUGUUCAUGAUAGGAAUGGGGAUGGUUUUGGGAGGUCCUGGCAUGUAAGUCGAGGAGAAUUCGAAGAGUGGCAAAUUAACGGUCGCAAGGACAGAGCUGACCGUUGUCGCUCACCGGAGUCUAAUUGCAAGGACAUUGUUGACCUUUUGCCCUCUGACCCGUUUGGGAUGGAUAUAGAGACUACCUUCACGGCCAUCACUGGAUGGCUUGAGGACUUAGAGGUUGACUAUGGUGGUUAUUUGAGUAAUAGCAAUGGGAGGGGCGGUCAAGAAAACUACGGUUUAUUUGCUGAGUGGAAUGUAAUUUGGAGCAAUGCUUUGAAGUUCCAACCAUUUUGCAGAAAUCAUCAGUACAAUCAGAUUGGACUUCAGUCCUUGAGCAAUCCUCAAGUUGACGAGAAGUCUCGUGUGGAUACACGUUCUUGCUCAAGCAGUAGUCAGCAUGAUGAGAAACUGAAUAUGACCAAUAACACGAACCAACGUGGGGAGGAGAGAGAUAGGGGGAGCGCGUUUGGCCCUUAUGACUUUGGAUUUCAAAAAGCCCGUGAUGAAGGGGGAAUAACGGGCUUUGGAAAUGAGAGUACUUAUUGCAGGCAUGAGCUGCAAUCUGGAAAAAAAAUGGAGGAUGAUGAUAUAGAGGAGAGAACACUACAUGAAGCUUGGAAUUUUGCAUUAAGCUAUCUGGGAGUGAAGGACCUUUUUUCUAUGGAGAGGGUCUGCAAGUCCUUACGGGCCUCAGUGCAAGAGGCUUACUGGCUGUGGAUGAGCAUCCACAUCGAUCAGCCUCUGAACGAGAAGAUCACGGAUGAUGUUCUUCUGCAGUUGGCUAGCAGGGCAAACUGUAACCUGCAGUGCCUGAGUUUGGUGGAGUGCCCGAAAGUCACAGAUGAUGGCAUACGGCGUGUGCUCGAAACUAAUCCGCGGUUAACUAAGCUCUUUGUCCCUGGCUGCACGAGGCUCACCAUUGAAGGGAUUUUGAAUAACAUCAAGAUUCACAACUCCAAUAAAGAUUCCCAAGGCAUAAAGCACCUGAGAAUUGGCGGGUUAUACGGCGUGACACGUGAGCACUUUGAAGAGCUGCAGUCAUUACUGGGCCUUGACGGCCUCAGGUCCGAAAACCGUCCGAAGCCCCAUUUCUACCACAGGGGAAACUUUUAUCUUCCUUUUGACGACAAUCGGGCCAUGGACAUCGAGAUGUGCCCGAGGUGUGAGAAAUUUAGGCUGGUUUAUGACUGUCCGGCCGAAGGCUGUCAGGUUAAAGACGUGGCCUCUCAAGCAUGCAGAGCUUGUACCCUCUGCAUCGCAAGGUGUGCUCAGUGUGGGAGGUGUAUUACCGACAACGAAUAUGAGGAGACUUUCUGUUUGGACCUGCUCUGUUCAGAUUGUUUCAAGCAGAUGCUCAAGUGCCAAACUGAUGAUAUUUCGCUUAAUGUCGAAUCAAGAUUGUCUUGACUUGCAUUCGAGAUUUGAGAUUUCUGUUGAGCUACUACUUCGUAGUGGGAUAGUAGUUUCUGUCCGGGCCCUUCGGUGGGGCUGCUUUGGCCCUAUUUAUGUACUACCAUAUGAGAGAAUGAGAAUGGGGCCCAAAAUAUCAAAAAGAAANGGAAAAAAUUGAAGAGGGAUUUCCCCCCAAAAAAAAUAAAAAAAUAAAAAAGGGAAAAAACUGAAGAAUGAAUGAAGAAUAACAUAAACCAAAAGGCCACAUGGUUGAUACUCGAUUGCCUACAGCGUCUCUUUUUUCGAGUAGAUUGAGUUUAAAGUAUGGGCUUUCGGGUU